AUGGACGAUCACCCAGAACACUGGAGGCACACCCUUAUGGGCUGGGAUUUCUGGAAGGAUGCAGCAGUCUAUGAGGAACAAUGCAGGGAUAACAAAUUGCAUGAAGAGCGUGAUCCCAACCUCCUCAAACGCUUUCCUUUCAAUCUGGGCCCUGAGCAAGGGCCUUACGCCAAGGAGCAAGAGCAAGUACAGGACAGAAACAGAGACAAGACACCCGUGGAUGAACCAGAACCAGCCCCAACCCCAAUUCCCCAACGGCGCCGCAAACUCAGCAUGUCCGACAUAACAGGAGUUUCUGGUCUUCGUCACCACAGGACUGUGACAGCAGCAACUUCCAGACUCCGAGAUCUUGGCCGUCGUCGUCACCCAUCGCCAACUCGUCCGACAGCGCCACCUCGGCUAUUUCCCCAGUGGACUGUAGACAAUCGACUUACCUUUAGGUCAUCGCUGAUGGGAAAGCUUGCACAACGAGAGCCAACGGUUGAGGAGACUGAGGAAACUGAGGAGACUGAGGAGUCUGCUACAUCUUCCCUUUCUGUACCGCCUUUCAAGAUCUCGGCAUCUAUGCCAAGUUCUCCACGCCCGCCUACUCCUCCAGUGGCAGACCGUGCCAGUUCUGACGCAGGAGUUUUCGAAUAUGACAUGGGAAUAGCAACACCGGAAAGGCCCCUGCUCAAUUUUCGUGGUGGCCACAACUGGUCCAUCAUUCCGGUAACUAGGAAACGACUUGGUCUUGAUUUGUUCCGGCCUUAUGACACCACAGCCUAUGAUGACAACUGGCUCGACCGGGCUCCAUUGGAAGCUCUGUCGAAGUUUCGGGGUUUACGCUCACUCAAGAUCACGGGGAUGAUGCAGUCAUAUCAGAGAUCUAUUUGGCAAGCUGCGUGGUUGAACCGGGAGCUGGACGAGCUGGAGCUUGAGAUGGCGCUGGAGCCCGAGAUUGUGAACCCGAUCCUUCAGCGCAGGUGGAAGGAUAUCAAUGAGAAGUGGGCCAUGGAUAGGAGGAUGGGUGGUGAGCCAGUUUAUUUUGGAAAUGGUGGAUAUCGAGGCUAUGGUGAAAUAAACACGAAUAUCGGAUUUGGAGAAUACCUCGACAAGCGAGCCAUUGAAACAGCCAAAGUCAGCGCUUUGCACAUGGGACACCCCAGUCGCCGCCUGUCAAUCUGUAAGCUCACACUGAGCGGAUUUAUCGUGGACGCUGAUCCAAUCAUCCAGUGGUUUGACCCUGAGAAGCUGCGCACCAUACAAUUUAAGGGUUAUUGCGUUGAUGCCGGGCUCUGGCUGCCGCUUUCUAUGAGAAGCGUUUCUAUUCAAGUUCCCAAGAAGAUUCAUCUGCAAGCCGUGCCCUUUGGUUAUGUCAAAGUUAAUUUGGAGAAGGAUUUGAAGGCCUUGGAGAUCCGCGGUGGAAAGGUCUUGGAGAGUACGAUGGAUUCAUGA